UGUUGUUAACAAUAACUGGCUGUGGGGAAUCGGCGAGAAAGAAAACGAGAGUUGUUGGUGGUCAGGAGGUGUAGAGGGGGGCAGAGGAGAGGAAGGUAGUCAGUGUGUUCCGCCCCUCAGUACUGCUAGCACCUUCAACACUUCCUUUCCAAGAUGUAUCUACGUGUCACCCUACUUACGUACGUGGCAGUAUGUUUGGUGGCAGUUCUGGGACAACCUCGCUCGGGCGGCACAACUCCGUAUGGCGGUCAAACACUUGGCAGUGCACCUCUUCCUUCUGGUCAGGGAGUCGGAGGCGUUCCAUCUGCUGCCUCACCAGAUACAUCUGCCCAGGGCGUCGGUGGAUCUCUUGCUUCCAACCAAAUCUUUGACAGGUUUGGACAACUUGGUAGCGGACCGCGCGUCUCUGCGGGCAGCAGCGGUCCAGUUGUAGGAGCUGGUCAGGGCAUUGACAGUAGUCAGGGACUCGGUAGUGGACCGCGCGUCACCGCGGGCAGCAGUAGCGGUCCGGCAUCUUACGCUGGUCCAAGGUAUGGCAGCCCUCAGGUCAGCAGGGUGGACGCAGUCUUCCACCCCACUGUCACCCAGCUUGUCACCGUCGACCGCUUCGUCACCCUCACUGACCAAGCUUUCCAGAGCGUGGCUGUCACCCUCACUUCCCUCACCGUCCAGACAGUCACCACUGGAACACGCGGGGUGCUGCAGACGCCCGUGGAUGACCGUGUCGCCCUCCAGACAACGGUAGUCGUCAAACCUUCAACACUAACAGUCACGCACGUGCAGUCGGACUUCAGGAUUGUGACUGAAAGGUCUUUAGACUACGUGACCAUCGCCCACACUUCAUACAUCAUCGUGCAGACUACCUACACCACCACAGCCACCCAAGUGUUGUCGUACACCACAACGCUGGUGCGGACCAACAUCAACACGAAGAGCACAGCGUUCACCGACUACCGCACCAUCACCGACACGGUCCUCGUCCCUGGAGGCUACUAUGGCAACCGCCAGUUUUAGCCUCGACUUGUUAUUCUUUGAAAUAUGUACAUUAUUAUUGACCCGGAAGACUGCUUCAAAUGCCGUCCAUGCAAUAUAAACUGACUUAAUAAAAUUAAACAUGCGUAAA